AUGGCUAGAGACCGGUCGGGAGACCCCUCGGGGGGCGACGAGAUCACGCCGGCCCCGGAACCCGCCGGCGUUCGGCGAAAGGAGCUGCGCGACAAGGCGACCGACUUCCUCGCCAGCCACGGCGCCGGAGACAGUUCCUUCACGUACGAGGAGGAGCGCCGCGUCCUUCGCCGGAUCGACUUCCGCAUCCUCCCGCUCCUCCUGGGCGCCUAUUUCUUCCAGCAGCUCGACAAGAGCUCGCUGAGCUACGUCUCCGUCUUUGGCAUCUCGCGUGACGCCCACCUCGUCGGCAAGCAGUACUCAUGGCUCGGGUCGAUCCUCUACCUGGCGCAGCUGGUCAUGCAGCCCCUGGCCGCGUUCCUGCUCGUCAAGCUGCCGACGGGCAAGGUGAUCGGGAGCGCCAUCCUGCUCUGGGGCUCGGCGCUGGCCAUCAUGUCGGCCUGCACCGACUUCCGCUCCCUGCUGGGGCUGCGCUUCCUGCUGGGCGCCUUCGAGGCCAUGAUCGCGCCCAGCUGCGUCGCCGUGACGCAGAUGUGGUGGCGCCGCGGCGAGCAGACGAUGCGCACCAGCUACUGGAACGCCAUGAACGGCAUCACCGCCAUCGUCGGCAGCCUCUUCACCUACGGCCUCGGCCACAUCGAGAGCCGCGUCCUCUUCAAGUACCAGAUCAUCUUCCUCUUCUGCGGCCUCCUCACCGUCUGCUACGCCCUAGUCGUCCUCCUCCUCAUGCCCGACUCCCCCAUGGAGGCAAAGUACCUCGCCGAGAGGGAGAAGGUCAUCGCCGUCGAGCGCGUGCGCGCUAACCAGAUGGGCGUCGCCUCCCGUGCCUGGCGAUGGGACCACGUCUGGGAGACCCUGUGGGACUUGAAGACCUGGUGCUGGUUCAUCGCCAUCGUCUCCAUCUCCGGCGGCAUCUCGACGUUUGGCAGCCUCAUCGUCAAGGACUUUGGCUACACCAACUUUGACGCCAUCCUCUUCAACAUCCCCUUCGGCGCCAUCCAGUUCUUCGUCAUCAUCGGCUCCGGCUGGGCCGCCACGCACUGGCAGAGGAAGGGUUUGACCAUCGCCGCCGUCAGCGUCUUGCCCCUGGUCGGCACCAUCCUCAUGCUCACCGUCCCGCGGAACGACCACAAUAAGGGCGUCUUGCUGUUUGGCUAUUAUCUGGUGUCCUGCCUGGCCGCCAUCACGCCCCUGAUCUACGCGUGGCAGGCCCAGAACACGGGCGGGGACACGAAGAAGAAAUGCACUUCGGCCGUCGUCUUCAUCGGCAUGUGCACCGGCAACGUGAUCGGGCCGCUGCUCUACGACGAGAGCCAGGCGCCUCUGUACCGCCCGGGGCUCAUCUCCAAUCUCGUCAUGUUUGCCCUUGUCGGCAGUAUCUCUGCACUUAUCCCCUUCUACCUAAUGUUCCUCAACCGCCGGCACGCCAAGCGCCGUGAGCAGCUCGGCAAGAACGCCGUGCUCGUGGAUGAAUCCAUGAUAGCCAAGAUCCAAAUAAUAGAGGACAGCAAGGCGGUCGAGGUGGAGGAUGCCAACAACAGGCGGCAAAGGGCGCUCGAGGAAGACAAUGCGCUACGGGACAUGACGGACUUGCAGAACGAGGAUUUCAUCUAUGUCUACUGA